ACAACAGCUACGAGCAUUGCAGUCUUGCCUAGAGCACUAGCUAGAGACAGGAAGAGAGAAAUAGCCAGUCUUUGUUUGCUUUGCGGAAGAUCUGCGGGGUUAUUUUGAGAGCUAGAAAUGGCACCGACGUCAUCUUUCCCGAUCAUCGACAUGGGGCUGCUCGCCGGGGAAGAGAGGCCGGCGGCAAUGGACCUUUUGCGCGAUGCGUGUGAGAACUGGGGCUUCUUUCAGAUUCUUAACCAUGGCAUCUCGACGAAGCUGAUGGAAGAGGUGGAGAGGCUGACCAAGGACCACUACAAGCGGGUGCGCGAGCAGCGGUUCCUCGAGUUCGCGAGCAAGGCGCUCAAGGACGGCGACGGCCGCGGCGCGCAGGGCGUUAAGGCGGCGGAGAACCUGGACUGGGAGAGCACCUUCUUCGUCCGCCACCUCCCGGAGUCCAACCUCGCCGACAUCCCCGACCUCGACGACGGGUACCGGCGCGCGAUGAGGCGGUUCGCCGGCGAGCUGGAGGCGCUGGCGGAGCGGCUGCUGGACCUGCUGUGCGAGAACCUUGGCCUGGAGAAGGGCUACCUCGCGCGCGCCUUCCGCGGGCCCAGCAGGGGCGCCCCGACCUUCGGGACCAAGGUGAGCAGCUACCCGCCGUGCCCGCGGCCGGAUCUGGUGAAGGGCCUGCGCGCGCACACGGACGCCGGCGGCAUCAUCCUGCUGUUCCAGGACGACCGCGUCGGUGGGCUGCAGCUGCUCAAGGACGGCGAGUGGGUGGACGUGCCGCCCACGCGCCACUCCAUCGUCGUCAACCUGGGCGACCAGCUGGAGGUGGUCACCAACGGCAGGUACAAGAGCGUCAUGCACCGGGUCGUGGCGCAGACCGACGGCAACAGGAUGUCCAUCGCCUCCUUCUACAACCCGGGCAGUGACGCCGUCAUCUUUCCGGCGCCGGCGCUGGUGAAGGCCGACGAGGCCUCGGCGGCGUACCCAAAGUUCGUGUUCGAGGACUACAUGAAGCUGUACGUGCGGCACAAGUUCGAGGCCAAGGAGCCACGCUUCAAGGCCUUCAAGUCCAUGGAGACCGAGACCUCCAACCGCAUCGCCAUCGCGUGAAAGAGCGGGCAGAGCAUGCCUUGGCCUCAAUGCCGGAGCUGUACGUGUCAGUAGCACAUUGGAGUGCUGGAUGACAAGAUGCUGUGCGUGUCUCCCUACAGAAAACUAGUGGAGUGGUAGUACGGCGAGGUCACUGUGUGGUAGUAUGCUGAAUAAAUGGGCCAGAUAUAUAUAAAUAGGCCUAUCUAGCUAGUGUACGAUGUGUUCGGCAUCCUCGCUGUGUCGUUGUCUCGUUGAUGCUCUACUCUCGAGUCUCGACCAGCAUGUGUUGUAGUUCUACCGUUACAGCGAGCCCCCUUUUCCCUGUAUUUCAAAUUGCAGGAAAGAAAUUUAUCCUAUUUUAUAUUUUCAAAGAUC